GUUGUGUAAGAAAUUUGCAUGGAAGACGAAAGUAUGACUGCUGUGCUCGUUUUGUUUCUUUUUUCUAAAUUCUUUGCAGCGACAACAUAUAUUUGUGGUUUCGGGACUGCCGAAGAGCCGUGUCGUGGUGUUCGUGUGGUAUUAUACAGUUUUGCGACAGACUCCUCUGUGUUACAAUCCAGAGGUGCUAGGUUUAGCCAUGGAGGAGCCCAAAGAGCCAGCUAGUAAGAAGCGGAAAUUGUCCGAAAACUCGCAAGAAACAGUGGCUGUUGAGGAAUUUACAAAGGACUGUGAAUCUCAAAUAAUGGAAAUGGACAAUGCAAAGUUUGAGUUUGAAGAAAAAUAUGAUAAUUUUAUAAGCCAGGAGGAGUUGGAAAAGUUACGAGAGUUUCAAGUUCUGGAUGAAGUGAAGUCGAAUGAUGAAGACAGCAAUGAUGAGGAAUCUGAGAGUUCUGAUGAUAAAUCUGAAGGUGUACCCGAAGAAGAGAUUGAGAAAAUGCUCGACGAAGAUCUUCCCGAGGAGCUGAAGGCCGCGCCAAAGCCGAAGGAGAAGCCUUACGUGACGAGGCACAAGGUGGUACUGGAAGAGAAAGGCAUCAACCACUUCGAGGUGCUCCCCCUGGACUGGAUGAUAGUGCGGCAUUACAGCGGCAUGCCCGUCUACAUGCACCGCACCACGCGCGUGUGCACGCUCUCCAAGCCGUAUUUCCUCGGGAAGGGGAAUACCAGGAGACACGACAUACCGAUAAGCGCAAUCCCAUGCCUAGCUUACAGAAAAGCGUUAGAAGAGGAAGCGAAACAAAAAGAAAUUGACAAACAGAUCGAGGAGCAGAUUAGAAAUGGCACUUGGAGACAAUUCCAUCCACAGACACAAAAUGAAAACAACAAAAAGACUGACGUAUCUAGUGAAAAUCAAGUCAUAAAAUGUCCAUUCAAACAUGGCGUACCUAAUGGAAAUUCGAAAAACGAAUCUAGUGUUAUUAAAGAAACAAACAUAUCAAAUGAUCAAGAAAUGAGCGAAAGUCGGGAAACAAGUGCAAUAGAAAAAACAAAAACAAUUGAAAAUCAAAGUGAUAUACAAACUAGUGACAACAUGGAACGAAGUAAUCUACCAAAUAGCCAAGGUGUAAAUUUAGUCAAUGUUGAUCAACCAAUGGAAAAUGGCGAAUGUAGUCAGAGUAGUGGAGAAAUGAAUCAGAAUAGGGGAGAAAUAAAUCAAAAUAGCGGAGAAACAAAUCAAAAUAGUGGAGAAACAAAUCAAAAUAGUGAAUUAGCAACUGAAAAUGAAGUAGAAAUUACCGAACUGAAUAUUGUUGAAGAAGUACCUCUAAAUAGACAACCUGUGAUUUUACCCGGCGGAAUUGUUAUGCCACCACCUAGGGUGGAGACCGUCAGUACAAGUUGGAAGACACAGCAUUUGACGCAUGAACAAGUUAAUGAUUAUUGCAAAAAACUCUUUCAAUUCAAGACUGUCAAUAUUAUGCAUUUUAAACGUUGGGCGGACAGGCGUAAGUACACCAAAGCGAGAAAGACGUUGCAGUAUCCGACGUUACCAGAGGGGACGAAGUUGAUUACCAUACCCGCGCAGUCCACAGCCGGGCAGGAGAACGGAGGUGGCAAGGCGAACAAGCGCGACUGGGUGAUGAACAUGAACGGACGCAGCUACCUCUCCGUCUUCCACGAGUACGUGCGCCGCGCGCUGCAGAAGCAGCCCGUCUACGAGUUCAAACAGCUCGAGAACGCGUCCACUCCGUACCAAGCGACCGUGUACAUCGGCGGCAUGCAAUACGGUGUCGGGCACGGGUCAAGCAAACGGGCGGCGAAGUCUGCGGCGGCAAGGGCGUCCAUACACAUUCUGAUACCGGAAAUGAGGCACGAGUUGGACACCCAGCCGGGGGCCAAUGCUAAUAACGAACCGGACUUUAGCUUCUUCGACUACGUGGGCAUCGAGGACCCGCGCAUCACGGAGUUCUGCGCAGCCGCGUGCGAGCCCUCGCCGCACGCCAUCCUCCGGACGUGUCUUCUGCGGAACUUCGGCGCCACCGACAGGCACAUCCACACGGAGAUGAAAAAGCUAGAGUACCAGAAAAUCGAGCUGACGAUGAAAGUGGGCAAACACACGGCGACGGUCGUCUGCAAGAACAAGAAGACGGCCAAGCAGAGAGCCUCGCAGGCCAUUUUGCAGGCGCUGCACCCGCACGUGCGCUCGUGGGGCUCGCUGCUGCGCCUGUACGGCUCGCGCUCCGUCAAGAGCUGCAAGGAGAAGAAGCUGGAGGAGCAGCAGAUCACGCUGCUGCAGGACGCGGCGCGCCACAACGAGCCCAACUACGCGGUGCUGGACAAGCUGCGCCACGAGAUGCGCAAGCUGCGCGAGCGCGACCAGGCCGUCGUGGCCAUCGGCACGCUGCUGGUGCGCGCCGACCUGCCGCAGCACUCGGGCUCCAACCUCUGCAACGUGCAGCUCUAGAAGGGCUCGCCCGCCGAGCCACCGUCGCCUUCAUUCUGCUCUCUGUCGCGUAUGGAGCUUCAAGUAAUUCAUAAGGUAACGGAAACUACUUAGUGUUUUGUGCAUUUCAAUUCAAAUGACGAUGUUAUGUCGCAGCCGCAGUAAUAAAGUGACUAAAUUCGAAAAUAAAUUUUGAACGAACUGACAAAAUAGACCACACCGGUGCCGUUUCCCUGGAGUGAUCUAGUAAAUACGUUAUGAUUCUAUUUAAUUUGAAAAACGAUAAUUAGUACAAAGAUCUAACAAGUACAAAAAUUCC